AUGGAGUAUCAGGCCCACGACGGGAGGUGCUUGCUUUGGUGGUACCCUGUCCAGUCCAUGGAGCCGAGGCCGGGCCACACGUGCGCCCUCGUGCGCAGUCGCAACGGCAGUGGCGUCACGGUCACGGCGAGCGCUCUGACGCCAGAGGAGCCUCGUGCUGCCACCCACGGGGGCCUCUCGGAGCGGGAGGAGGCCCUCGUGGGCAGCGUUGUGGGAAGCAUUGUGGGCGUUGCCGUGGGAGCGGCAGGCGCUCGCGCCCACGCGGCAGCCGCUGGUUUGAGCACGGGCCUCACCGAUGCCCUGGAGAAGGACCUGCGCAGCACGCUCACUACGACCACGGCCGCACUCGUCAGGCUGAAUGCGACUGAGGCGAAGGCGGCAGCAUCGAAUCCGAGCAGGGACAUGCUGACUGUCAUCCCUUCUGCUGGCGAGUCCGUCGGAUCGAUCCUGAGGCCGUCCGACACGAGCAACGGGACAGCGUCAGGCACUGCGGCGGCGUCCAACACGAGAAACGGAACAGCGUCCGGCACCGCGGUGGCGUCCAACACGAGCAACGGGACAGCGUCAGGCACCGCGGUGGCGGCCACCACGAGCAACGGGACAGCGUCACUCACCGCGGCGGCGUCCAACACGAGCAACGGGACAGCGUCAGGCACCGCGGUGGCAGCCCGAAGCGAGGCGGCGGACCAGGACCCCGGGACGUGGCGUUGGGCCGCGAUGGGCGCCGCGCUGUGCGGUUGCGCCGCCUGCGCCCUGGGCGUGGCGGCGGUCCGCGCGGCGCGUCCCAGGGCCACCAGGGCGGCGGACCUGGAGCUGAAGGAGGAGGACGAGGAGAACUCGGACGACGACGCGCACCUCUCCGACGACCUCGAGGCCGCCCUGGCCGCCGCCGCCGCGGGGCCCGCGGGCGCAGGCGCCCCGACGCAGCAUCGGGCGGCCCCGCUCCCGAGGCUUCUCGGGCCCGCGCUCAGGCCGCCGUGCGGCCUCCUCAAGCGCCCGGCGGCGCCCGCGAGCCCGUCGCCGGGGCGGCGGUCUACGCCCAGGCGCGCCUGCUGCACGAGCCCGUCGCCCUGUCGGCUGGGGCGGCGGUGCACAGGCAGGCCACGCAGCGGGGCGGCCCGCCACGCGAGUGGGCGUAGGCGGUGUGAGAGUGCCGGCGCUGCCGCAGGGGUCAGACGAUGA